GCAUUCACCGGUGCGCUCCUUUCACUCAAAACCAAUAGCUGAAAGCUCUGGCUCCAAAUGAUACACGCACCUCAGAGCCGCUCUCACCCGAAGCUUGCGCUGCGUAACGUCUCAUUUCACUCGUUGGAGCGUGCACGACCCGGUCGCGCUGUGCACGGCUGCUGAGGAGCAGGGACGAGUAUCGCGAGUGUCUGACCAUAGUAGUGGCGUCCCGCUACGCAGAGCGCUCAGUCGCAACGGAGCUUUUGUCUGAACCGCGUCUAGUGACUGGGACACGCUCGUGAACACACGUGCCUGCAGCAGUAAAGUUCGUUGCCGGUUUGCGCACUGCGGAUCAGAUCUGUUCGCACGAAGUUACGAACUAAUUAGCCUGUGCCGGAUUAUCCUACAGGAGCAUCUGUGAACCUUAGUCUGUGAAGAAAUUAUUUCCAAAGUGAGAAAGUUCACAAAGUCUAGCAGCAUUCAAAAAAAAAAAAGGGCGGGCAUAGACUGGCGUCGUCCGGUUUCUGCUAGAGAGUCGUUAGGUGAAAGGUGUUAAAACCGUGUGUUAGUUAUUUUUCCCGUCACACUGCACGCAUCGUCGGUCCAGCAAAGUGACCUAGAGAAGGAUGAUAAAGUUUUAAGCGGCGUGCACCAACCGUUGGACGCAUCUUACGCAAUUCUGCAACUCUGCAAUCAAUCGGCAAACGGUUAACCAGUGAAUCAGCAAGCAACCUCGGAGUAGUUGGCGGUACGAUUUCGCAAACCAAGCUUGCUACAUCACAAAACCCAGUCAACAAUGCCCCUCCAAGAAUCCUCGAACGCUCAGCCAACCCGACCAGGUAGCUGGAAACCGUCAUCCCGAUGCUACCAAUUUCUGUUCAUCCUGCUGGUCGGUGUUCUGAGCGGCAAGCUUCUAACAACUGCCCGCGCCAAACCUACGCUCCCAUUCCAGCUGUCACAAAUUCCCGGCUUUACGCACAUCGUCGAGCGCCGUCUAAUGGAUGCGAUGAAAACCUACAGCGAGCGUCGUUUAGACGUGGAAAGUCUGCGAAUGAUCUACUUUCACGACCAAACCGUAGCGGUGGUAGAGCUCGGGCCCGCCAAACGACUCAUCGGAUGCGAGCUGAUCGAGAUCUACAACGAUGCAGAUGGGGUGGAACUGUUACGCAAUCUGUCGACCAUAAACAGGCCGCUAGAAAUUUCCUUCCGCGACAUGAUCAAGCUGAUGGAACAGUGCGAGCAGAUCGACCGACUUAACGAGCGUAACAGCUACCGACCGGUGGAGCAUUCUGAGUCAUCGCCGAUCGCUUAUCGGAUUGCGGGACCCGACCGCGAUGUGCCGGAGGAGGAAGGCAAUAAUCAGUCCAGCAACAACGGUGGAUUUUUGGCGAUGAUCAUGAAGAAUCGUAGCAGCAAGCGAGGCAUCUUCUACUCGAGUUCCUUUUCGCUGCUUAGCGGCAUCAUACCGGGUACGAAGUGGUGCGGUACGGGCGAUAUUGCGGAGAGCUACCAUGAUCUGGGUGAGGACUCGACUAUGGAUCGGUGCUGUCGCACACACGACCUGUGCCCGAUGAAGGUGCGAGCGUAUCAGAAGCGGUACAACCUGAGCAAUAACUCCAUCUACACCAAGUCUCACUGUAAAUGCGAUGACAUGCUGUUCGAGUGUCUGAAGCAGACCAACACUUCGGCAGCACAAGUGAUGGGUUCGGUCUACUUCAAUCUAGUGCAAGUACCCUGCGUGGAAGAUACACCCGCAGGUCCUCAGUUCCGUAAGGCACGCGAAGGCUUUUAAGAACCUGUGUGAGAUGUGAUGUACGAGUUGAUGUGUUGCGAGUGCGAAGGGAGACCAAAUUGCCCGCAACAGUAGCAACAAAUUCGUAAACAAUGCCCUCAGCACAAUGUUUACUGUGAUACAAGGAUAAGUCAACGAUAUGGGGGGGUGGAACAACUGGAUGCGAAGCUGUUUUGUAGAUUGUGUUUGAUCUGACGUGACGUGACGUACAACUAUGAACGCAGUACAACUGCCUUAAUAACGUAUGCAACAUACAUUAUCUGUGGGCCUCUCGACCUGUUCGGCGCCAAGAACGCGAAGAUCCUUGCGCUGCUGACGAAGGAUUUUUAAUCUUGAUGUUAUUACGUGUCCCGUGCUUAACGUUUCAUUUUACCUUACUUGUUAUCUAUAGAGUUGUAGUGUUUGCUUCGCGACGUGUCGCAGUUGACUAUAAUAUUUAUUAAUUAUAAUACUAGGUGGUUAAUAUUAGCAGCUCGGGAAACCUCACACCUAACUUCAGACAGGAAGCAUGGCUGAACGAUCGUAGGCUUUGCAGCCGAACCGAUUCACUGCAGCUAACGGUGCUGGCUCGGAAUUCAGUGAUACGGAACGACUACCGGUUCUUCGUCUAAUGCUGUCACGGCAUCCAAGAAAUCUCGCUAUGAUGGCGCCCUCUCGCCCGGAACGUCUGCAACGGCUAUCGUCGAAUCGUUUCAAUCCCACUACGAUAGAGCUAUUGCUGUAACAGUUUUGGUACGGAUGCGUACGUCUGUGUGUGAGUGUUCGUUCCGUGCCAUUUUCUGAAAGUUGUAUUUUGGAAAUAAAUAAGCGAAUGAUUCUAAUACUUUAA